AUGAUGGUAGAGUUAAAGGUAAUAAAGUCGUUAAGUGUUACCGCGUCUUCCGAACAUAGCGAACAGAUGGGGCUGUUGGGUUUUAGUCGAUUUUCAUUAUCAAUGAGUAAUAUUUUUAUAUUCAAGCUCUUACCCUGCAUGCCCACUUCACUAAUAAUAAUAACAUAUACUAUAUUGUAUAUCAACCUCGGUAGAACCGGCCAAUCCACUCAGUCACUUCCUCGAUGUCGUAGAGACGACACAUACAAAAUGAAUUUAAUUGUGAUACUGACUUUUUGUUACGCGUUCUCAAACGCCGCUUCAGAAUUCAGUGGGAGAGCCAGGAACUUUAGUUUAGAAUUAUUGCAAUUCACUCAGUUGGAGACAGAUGGACACGUCGUUAUUUCGCCGUUUGGUAUUUGGACUUUAUUAACUGGUAUCGCUUUAGGUGCGAGUGGAAAGAGCAAGACGCAAAUAUCGCACGCUUUAUUUUUGCCGAGAAAUCAAAAAGCAAUAAUAAAUGGUUACGCAAACUUGACCGAGUCGGUGCUGGAUCCUACGUCGACGGAUGUACAGCUCGCAAGCAAGAAUUUCAUGUUUUUGGAUAGGGAUUUUCAUGUUUACCCAGAAUUCCGAAGUGUUAUGACAAAUGACUUCAAUGCUAUGAUAAGCAAUCUCAAUUUCAAGGACCCAACUGCAGCCGCACAGACAGCCAACGCUUUAAUCAACAAUUCCGGUGCAAAAGUAUCCAACGUCCUGACAUCAGAUGACUUCACAAAUUCAAGAUUGAUUUUAACAAACGCCAUAACCUUCAGGGGUCUGUGGCAGUCACCAUUUAAUGAAACGGACACAUCUGAGGAGAAAUUCUACAAUGAAGACAAUAAAGAAGUUGGCCGGGUCAAUAUGAUGUAUCAGCGAGGCCGACUUCCAUACUCAAAUAUAAGAGAGUUGAAAUCACUCGUUAUGGAACUGCCGUAUGGGAAAGAGGGGAAAUAUGUUAUGUUAGUUGUCCUGCCGCACCCGAAAGUUAAAGUGUAUGAUGUGUACCAACAGUUCCAAACUGUAACAUUUUCGGAAAUCUUUACCAGACUGCAAGAUGACGUAGACAACUUUGGUUUAGAAGACAUUGAUAUAAAGUUGCCUAGGUUCAAAAUAAGUACAAAUGUUGUUAUGAACGGGCCUCUGAUUAAGAUGGGUGUUGUGGAUAUAUUUGACCAGAACAAGGCUAGUUUUGAUCGCAUUUCGCCAGAAAGUAUAUAUGUAUCUGCCAUUGUUCAUAAAGCUGAUAUAGAGGUCACAGAAUCAGGUACCGUUGCCUCUGCUGAGUCUACCGCAUAUUUUGCCGAUAGGAUAUCAACCCCACGUUUUAAUGCAAACAGGCCUUUCCUAUACUUUAUUAUGGAGAAAGCAACAGAAACUGUGAUAUUUAGCGGCAUUUACUCUAAGCCGUCUGUGUUUUAAUGUUUUGAUAAAGACUGUUUUGUAUAAGUGUGUUUUUUUUAUAAAACAAGUUUUUUGUAAAUACGUACUGGUAACCGUAAACCGUAUUUGUUUUCCUGUUUCGGAUGUUAUAGUCAGUGUUGAAUUAGUAAUUGUCUGCCAACCUUAAGCAGCGAUGAACUGUCAAGGUCGUAUUGAUUCCUACACAAAUUAUCACAUAAUAAAGAAUACGACCACA